UGGUGGUCAGUUUGGAUGUUUUUUCUUUUUUUGUUGUUGUCGAAGUAACCUUAGGAAACUAUCAAAGUUUACCCUCAGCGACAGGAUAACACUUCCUCUGUUUUGGCUUGUUAUUCCCAGCGACCUCUCACGGUGUGUUAACGCGACUUUUUUAAAGGAUUUAUCAUUUUUAUUUCCUCUGAGGCGUCCUGAAGGGAGCUAACCAGCGUUAGCAUUGGGCUAGCAUGACAACCAGAAGAAGAAAUGCCAUCAUCAUCAUCCUCCCCUGUGGCGUUGCUAGCAGCAGGUCUCCAUCAUGGUCUGCAGCUGUGAGCCUAUUGCUCCCAAAUGGAUGAUGAUUAUCAUGUCAGCCUCCCACAUCUGUAUCAGUCACUCACUCCCCCAGGCAUUCUCGGCCAUCCCUGCAGGAGCACCAUCUCCAGCGGGCCAUCUCGGCGCAGCAGGUAUACGGCGAGAAGCGGGACAACAUGGUUAUCCCCGUCCCCGAGGCGGAGCGCAACAUCACGCACUACGAUUCCCUUUACCCCGGGGAGUUCAAGAUGCCAAAGCAGCUUAUUCACAUACAGCCUUUCAGUUUGGAUGCGGAGCAGCCAGACUACGACCUGGAUUCAGAGGACGAGACGUUUGUGAAUAAGCUGAAGAAGAAAAUGGAAAUCACAGCCCUACAGUUUGAGGAAAUGAUAGACCGCCUGGAGAAAGGCAGCGGACAGCAGCUCGUCAGUCUCCAGGAGGCCAAGCUGCUGCUGAAGGAGGACGAUGAGCUGAUCAAGGAGGUGUUCGACUACUGGAGCCGCAAGAGGAAAACCUGCACGGGGGGGUCCCUCAUCCCCACCUGCAAGGGGGAGAAGAGGGACGGCUCUAGCACCAGCGACCCCUACGUGGCCUUCCGCCGACGGACGGAGAAGAUGCAGACCAGGAAGAAUCGAAAGAACGACGAGGCAUCGUAUGAGAAGAUGCUGAAGCUGCGCAGGGACCUGAGCCGAGCGGUCACCAUCCUGGAGAUGAUCAAGAGGAGGGAGAAGAGCGAGAGGGAACUGCUGCACCUCACACUGGAGAUCGUGGAGAAGAGGAAUGUAAUGCCAGACUAUGGCAGUGAGGUGAUGGCGGAGGCUCUUGCACAGCGAGCUCUGGUGAAGCCUGUCUACACCAUCCCCAUCAUUCCCCCGUCCAACAGCAACCAGUACAGACACCAGGACCACUUGGACAUGAAGGACUACAAGAAGCCGGAGAAGACGGAGGCAAUAAGAACCAAGAGGAAAUACGAAAAGAAACCCAAGAUCCCGCCUCUGUCAGCGCCUCAACAUUCAGGACCCUCCGUGUUCAAUCCCAAGGACCUCAACCAGUACGAUUUCCCCAGCUCAGACGAAGAACCCUUCUCACAGAUCCAUUCAGGUUCUUCAGAGGCAGAGGAGGAGAACGACCCAGAUGGCUGCUAUGCGUUCAGGAGGAAGGCCGGCUGUCAGUACUACGCUUCUCGUCCGGAGCAAAGUGGCAGCUGGCCCUGGGUCAGCCCGUCUGACGGGGGUCUCGGAGACUCUCGCUUCCGUUACUGUCUGACUUCGCUGAACGUGCCGCGGCGAUGCAUCGGUUUGGCCCGGCGCCGGAUGGGCAGAGGAGGAAGGGUCUUGUUGGACCGAGCGCACACAGAACUAGACGCCGUCUGUCAGAGUUUGGACUCCGACCCGGAGCCCGAGCCGCUCUCCUCUCCACUUCCACGCUCUCCACUCCGCAACUCCAACGGCAGUACCUCAGAAACCAAUACCUCGCACCCCACCAGCUCCUCCCACCCCCCCGCCUCUUCAUCGCCAUCAUCGCCAGCCCCUAUGGACCUCAGCCAGAUUAUUUUGAACAUUAAAUCCAGCCGCUGGAGGCACUUCAGACCACGGACGCUAUCCCAUCACCCCUCGGGUGGAGGAGACUUGUCUCGCAGAGGAUUUAGGGAUUUUAGCCGCACGGUGUCAGCACUAACCCGGACUCUGUCGGGAGGAACCAACUCCCGGACCCGCCCCGGACCCCCACCCCCCCCCAUCAACGUGUUCACAGCGGAGCAGUACCAGCAGCACCAGGAGCAGCUGGCCCUCAUGCAGAAACAGCAGCUGGAGCAGAGCCAACAGCAGCAAGCCAACAACCCUGCAGUCCCAACACACAACACACAGGCUCUCGUGUCCAAGACGUUGGACCAGGCCAGCGCUCAGUUUGCUGCGUCGGCGCUCAUCACCACCAACCAGCUGCUCACCUUCAAGUCCAAAGAGGAGCUGGUUCUGGGGGGCGGGGUCAACGGGGUCAUGGCGGGGGCAGGUGUUUUCAAGGGCUUGCAUCUCUCCGGCCCCCCCGCCGCCCUCCACCAGACCACCCAGUCUCCCCGCACCCCCCCCUCCAUGGCCCCCGCCUUCCUGCAGCCCUCCUCCAACUCGGCGUCCCCGGCCGUCCCCACCUCCCUCACCUCCACCUCCACCCCCGGCGCCCACGCAGCAGCCGCGCUGGGGAUUCUGGGAUGCAGCGCCGCCAACGCCACCCCCGCCACCACUCAGGUCCUCAUCGGGAACAACAUCUGUCUGAGCGGGCGCCACAUCCCCCGGACCCUCGGCCCCGUGCCAUCCUCUGCCUUAAAGCUGUCGGCCUCCACCAACCUGACCAUGCCCAAAGUCUCCGGGGCGGCGGCCAUGGAGCUGGGCUCGAGGGAUAAUCACGACGAGGAGAAGCCAGCACUGAACAGUAUAGCAGACAACACAGUGGCCAUGGAGGUGACGUAGUAGCGGGGGGGGGUCCCCUCUUUAGGUGCUGUGCAUCGUAGCAUCGGGAAUGCAAAGGGACAGCAGGACUCUGAUGCAGACUGACAGAAUGAUCCUCAUCUCGCAUACUUUUUCAACCUUUUAUUUUUUUUUGUUAAAAGUAAAAAGAUCAACUUGUAAAUUAUGAAUAUGGCAAAAUUAGUAUCUGUACAGUAACUACAUAUUUGUAAUAUCCCCCUUGUAUAUAUUACUUGAAUACAGAACUGUCCAUUUGUGAUGUUUUGCACUUGGGAAAAAAAAGAAAGCCAAGUAACCUGUGGCAGUGAGAGGCGUGUAUAGACAAGAGUUUUAUCAUCAUGUGCAUGGUGCGGAGCCUGCUGCUUUUAUCUAUUUAUUGUGCUGUGUUUACAGUUUCUUUAUUUUGCUUUGUUCUGUUUUUUAUUUGUACACUGUACCUUUGUUGGUUCCUGUGCUGUAGUAAAUGUUAGGUAGCUACGGACUCCUGGGUAUUUUGUAUAUUGUGAACACAAAGCAGGUUCCCCCCCCCCCCCCCCCACACAUUUAUUUCUGGUCCCUGUGCUUCUCUCUGUGGAUCAUGUGAAAAUAAAUGGUGACAUACGGACCGGAGUCCAGGAGAAGGAGGAAGAGGAGGAGGAAGAUGAGGCGCCCCUCUUCCUGGAGCUUCCAUUAACAUCGUCCCAAACACAAGUAACAAAACAGGGAUGAAGUCUCUUCCCAGAAGCCUUUGCUGCUUCUGAUUAAAGCACUAUUUUUUGUGAUGUUUUCGUUCAUGGUUUUGAUAAAUAUUAAUGCUGCUUUUGUAUUUUUGUUUUUUUAAAAGGGGUUGUUCUUCAUUUUCAUGCAACCUUUUAUAUUUGUUUUAUCACAGACAUUUUUUUUGUAAAACAAAAAUUCAGUUAUUUUUGUAUUUUUAUUUUGUUCUUGUGGUAAACUUGAUUGUAAGCUUUCCGUUAAUUGAAAGACUUCAUUCUUUUGUUAAUUUGUUACUUGUUCAUGCAUAGGUGAUAAGGGAGGUGAAUGGGCAGUUAUUGCUGUACGUGUUUCAUCAUUCCAUUUUUUAAUAACAAAAAAUGCUAAUGAGGGGCAGGGGGUGGGAAGAACGGCAGUUCUCUCCACUCUCUCUUCCCCUUUUUCUUUAUUUUCUUUGAAAAAAUAAUCUCCAGACGGCUGCAAGGCCAAAAACCACAAGUAUUGGGUGCCUUCCUUUGGGGAAUUUAAUGUACUCUCUUCUGUGAAGAGUUAGGCACAAAGGCAGCAUUACUUAGUAGUGCUUCUCGUCUUUGUCACAAUCUGAAUGCCCAGUCCAAUGGCAGGAUUUAUCCUUGAGGUUUACUUGUCCCACCUGGAGGCUGAAAAACAAAAAAAAAUGUGACAGAACUCUCACUAAAAUAAGACAAUAAAGCCCAGGGCAUUAAAUGUGAA